GGCACAUCGGGCAGGACUCCGGGCAGAGGCACAUCGGGCAGGACUCCGGGCAGAGGCACAUUGGGUAGGACUCCGGGCAGAGGCACAUCGGAUUACCAGGCGAAGCAGCAGGCAGUGGGCCACCAGGCGGAGCAGCAGCAGGCACCGGGCCCCCGGGCGGAGCAGCAGGCAAAGGGCCCCCGGGCGGGGCAACAGGCACCGGGGCCCCCGGCCGGGGCAACAGGCACCGGGCCCCCGGGCGGGGCGACAGUCACCGGGCCCCCAGGUACUGCAGAUCAAAAGGCAGAGCCCCUGAUGGUGGGG